AUGGAGAAAGUCUUGAAGCACUAUGGGGUCACCCAUCGGCUUUCAACGGCUUAUCACCCUCAGACUAGUGGGCAGGUGGAGAAUUCGAACCGAGGAAUUAAGAGAAUCUUGGAGAAGACUGUCGGAAAUAGUCGUAUCGACUGGUCCGACAAGUUAGAUGAUGCGCUGUGGGCUUUUCGGGCUGCCUAUUGGACACCCAUUGGGACUACUCCCUUUAGGUUAAUUUAUGGGAAAACGUGCCAUCUACCGGUCGAGCUAGAGCAUAGGGCCUAUUGGGCGUUGAGGGCAGUCAAUCUUGGCUUGCCAGCUGCAGGGAAGAAGCGGUUUCUUGAGAUUCAUGAGUUAGAGGAGUUACGUGAUGAGGCGUACGAGAAAUCGUGGGCGUACAAGGAGCGCACCAAGGAGCUACACGAUAAACACUUGAAGCAGGUGAAAGAGUUCAAGUGUGGGGAGAAGGUUUUCCCAUACGGAACGAUAGAGGUUGAGAAUGAGGACGGUAAGAGGUUUAAGGUUAAUGGUCAUCACUUAAAGCAUUUCAUCGAGGGACCGGCUGAGGAGAGGGAGGAGGAGGUACUGGACGUCCCGCUGAGAACGUAUGUAACACCCAAAAGUGCGUUAAAGCGAAAAGGGGUCAAGUACACUCACAGUGGGUGCGUAAGCAGUAACCGUGAGCGGGAUGGGAGUGGAGAGAGUGCCAAAUCAGCCUGCAUGCGGGAACAGAAGUUCAUCAUUCUUCCAUAG